CCCAUCAGAGAGCACGCGAGCGCUCUAGCGACAUUAAAGUUCAGAUACAACCAAACCUCAGGUGCAUGCUUUGGCUGGUGUUGCUAUGUAAGAACCACAGAAACACAUUAGGACACAGAAACACAUUAAGCAAAACCUAUCCUUUCAUUAGACGAAUAGUUUGAUGGAGUUAAUGGAAGAUGCAGUCGUUGGCUAUUCUUGCUUCGUUAUGUGGAUGCGUGCUCUGCUCAGUCUGGCCUUUACAGAUGCAGUGUUACCACUGUGAAGAGACCCUGUUGGACAAUGACUGCACAGAUCCUAAAUUCAUUGUCAACUGCACAGCAAAUAUUCAGGAUGCCUGCCAAAAAGAGGUGAUUGUGGGUGAGAAUGGUGUGUCCCAUAGGAAGGCCUGUGCUUCCUACACCACCUGUCUUAUCGUUUCUGCUGGUUACCAGCCCUUCUGUGUCCCUGGUCGGGUAGGGUCGGUCUGCAUCACUUGCUGCAAUACACACCUCUGCAAUGGGCCCCACCCCCCCAGGAUCUCAAUGGCACCCCCUCACUCACCUGCCGUCUCUACUACACUGAUGAUUAUCACCAUUACAGUGGGAAUACUACUCUGACAUCACACACCAACAUGUUUGAACACAAUGGAUGUACUGAAAUGUGGUUCUUUGGGGAUACUACAUUUACAACCUGGGGAGAAAUCUAUGAAUGUACUGAGGCUGUGUUUUAAACCAAAAUACUGCUGUUGUUCCAUUAAAACAACUAGCUGACAUUAAAUUGUGAAUGUAUAUAUUACUUUGGCUUGAAACUAUGGAAAUGUUGAUGUUCAGAAUAUGGUUUUGUGAAAUUGUGUUUGAGUAAAAUGACAAUUCCUCUCCAUUAGUUUAUUUUAACAAAUGUAUAUUCUUACAUUAAAUUACAAGCAAAAUUACAACAGCAAUCCCUGUAAAAGCAAAACAAUUUUUCUUCACAGUAUCAGAUAUGCAGAUUACCUCGCUAACAGUAUAAUCUUCAACUGAGUAGCAAUAGAUAGUUUAUUAAACUUGUGGUGUAAUUGGCACUUCUAAGAAAAUAAAGCCUUAUAAAUGCAGCAGGGUGGAACAUUGACUCAUUGUUCUCUCAUUCAUUGAUGUCAGACAUAUGAGAAAAUAAAUGAAGAUGAGAUUUGUUGGUAAAUAUUUCUGCAUUUUGGCUGCUACUGCUACUAUAUAGAGAAAACUCACCCAUUAGCUAAUGAUUCAGGAUUUUUAAAGAACUAUGACUACUAAUUGCAUGGUAAUGCAUGUGCUUUAAUCAUGACAAAACUGUCUGGAAAGGUUAGACUUGGCAGGAAUUCCAUACCCUCUCAGUAAAACUAUAAAUGCAGAUUUUAACUAUUGUGAAACCAUAUAAAAUAA